GGACUUGGUGCCAUAUAAGAUGAGGCUCAAUGGCACACGACCGCCACACGCACUGUUCACAACGCGCGUUCCAACUAACUACAACGCUAGCGAAAAAUACUUAAUAUUCUCAAAACAUGGCCGUCUCCACCGAAGAAGCCACGCAUUAUUCAAGCAAAAUUCUCUCGGAAAAGCGCAAGGCGAAAAAACCGUUGAUGGAAAAAAUGCGGAGGGCGAGGAUAAACGACAGUCUAAACGAGCUAAAAAGCCUUGUUUUACAGUCUUUAAAUAAAGAUGCAUCGCGUUACUCUAAAAUGGAAAAAGCAGAUAUUUUGGAAAUGUCUGUGCAGUAUUUGAAGGAAAUCAGGAAGCAAGAGAACUCGUAUAAUGAAGCACACUCGAUAGCGGAGUACCGCGCAGGGUUCAACUACUGCGCACAGGAAGUCACAAAGAACCUCACGACUUUGGAGUCUCCGGCAACCGACAAGCUCCGAUCAAACCUAUUGAAUCACCUCGCUAACUGCUUCCAAGGGAACACGACGCCCGGUGCCGCCACCACACCUUCAGGGGUACCUGUGUGGAUAUACCCCUCCCCACCACCAUCACCACUCCACGUCUCGCCACCGAUAUCCCCACUGAGCUCGCAUGUCUCGUCUCCGCCACAAACCUCGUUGUUACAGGAGAGAACAACACAGGACAUGCUAACGGCCGUGAAAACCUCCACCCCUCAAUUAUGGAGGCCCUGGUGAAUGGGGAGGACAAUUUGAAAAAAUUAUCACCCAAGUCAUUUUGGGCAAAGUAAUGAAUGUACAUGGAUAGUGUAAGAUUUUUUUAUUGGCUGGGGACAACCCCUUUCUUAUGAAUAGUGUAAAUAGCUUUCUUUAAGAGAUAUGUUGUAUAUUUUAGAUAUUUUAUGUUUGAUAACAUGCAUACCCCUCCUUGAGGAGAGGGAGAUUUUAUACGUGGUGUGAGAAUGCAGGAGUGAGAAAACACUGACGAAAAAAAAGUGUUUUGAAUAAAAGUUUUUCAUCCAGCU